AUGUACAUACACAGAAAUACACACGCACAGACACAUGUACAUACAUACACAGACACAUGUACACACAGACACAUGUACAUACAUACACACAAAACACACACACACACAUGUACAUGUACACAGACACAUGUACACACACACAUACAUGUACAUACAUGCAGACCCAUGUACAGAUACACACAUGUACAGUACAUACACAGACACGUACAAUUGAACAUGCCUACACAGACACACACACACACCCCCACUUUGUUGCUCACUCACAGAUCCGGGUACUGCACUCUAGGGGGAGGCAGAGAGCACAGCACACACUCCUUGCUUUCCUUUGACUGCGCUCAGCUAUUGAGCAGUCUGACGGCUCCCAGUGCCAAUGACAGAUCCGGCCUGAGCUCCGAGCCUGCUCAGCAAGAUGGCCCUGGGGGACACACUUGCCACCACCAUAAUUUCCACUCGCAAUUGGCGAGCAGGUGAGUGGAAAUUUCAAGCCC